AUGGAGCGGAGGAGGAGCAUUGACUUGUGGGUAAUCAGCAGCUCAUUAGGAGUCUUCAGGAGGACGCUGAUUAGGCGGGUGUGCCUUCUCCUGCUGGGCCUAACGAGAGCCACACAUCAGCCAGAGAACCCCACAGAGACCAGGGGCGCCAGAACCAUCUGUCUGACGCAAACCAGCGAGAGCGGAGAGGAGACACAGAGGCAACACGGAGGCAACGGGAUCAAAAAGACGGAAGGCCAGGAGGAGAGGACCAGGAGGAGACCAGGUGAGGACCAGGAGGAGAGGGCCAGGAGGAGAGGGCCAAGAGGUGAGGACCAAGAGGAGAGGACCAGGAGGAGCCCAGGUGAGGACCAGGAGGAGAGGGCCAGGAGGAGAGGGCCAAGAGGUGAGGACCAAGAGGAGAGGACCAGGAGGAGACCAGGUGAGGACCAGGAGGAGAGGGCCAGGAGGAGACCAGGUGAGGACCAGGAGGAGAGGGCCAAGAGGUGA